UGUGUUCUUCGCCAUUAUUUCCUUCACCUUUGCCACUGGUUUCUGGUUGCAGAAGCAAAAUUGUAAGAGGUAAUGGCUCCUAAGCAGCCCAAUACGGGCCUCUUUGUGGGUUUUAACAGAGGAGAUGUUGUGACCAAGAAGGAAUUAGCUCCAAGGCCCUCUGGCCGCAAAGGGAAAACCAGUAAGAGGGUACAUUUCGUCAGAAACUUGAUUAGGGAAGUCGCUGGAUUUGCACCAUAUGAGAAGAGGAUUACUGAGCUUCUGAAAGUUGGAAAGGACAAGCGUGCUCUGAAAGUGACUAGGAGGAAGCUUGGAACCCACAAGAGGGCGAAGAAGAAGUGUGAGGAGAUGUCCAAUGUUCUCCGCAAGAUGAGAGCUGGUGGAGGUGCUGAGAAGAAGAAAUGAGAAUUCUUUUUCUGGUUGUAUUUGUGUUAGCC